AUGCCAAGCGCAGCCUUUCCCACCCUUCGGGUUGCUAUCAUCGGAGGUGGUCCGGGGGGGCUAAGCUCUGCCAUAGCGCUCUCAAAGCUCCCGAACGUCGCAGUAACGAUAUAUGAACAAGCGAGAGAGCUACGCGAGAUCGGUGCUGGCAUCCAAAUAGGUUACAAUUGCUGGAAGGUCCUAGAAUUACUCGACGCUGCUGCUGCGGUCAAAGGUCACGUACAAGAGACCUUUGUUCAUCGCAAUGGACUCAAUGGCGUGCCUUUGAAAGAACAAAUUUUUGUGGCGGUGGCGCCUCAAUAUCGCGGGCAACGAGUGAGAAGAACACGCCUCCAAGCAGCACUCAUUGCAAAAGUGCCAGAAGGAGCCAUAAAAUUGCGGAAGCGACUUGUCUCAUUGAACAAUAUCGAUGAAGGCGGAGCGCGUCUUGUCUUUGAAGAUGGGGAAGAGGUCAUUGCUAAUCUUGUUAUCGGAGCGGAUGGAAUCAGAUCAGUGGUCCGGCAAAGUGUUUUCCCUUCCCAUGCUAUCAAAUUCACCGGCAGGACAAUCUGGAGAGUGAUUAUUCCCAAGUCCCUCAUCGUUGAUAUCCCGGAUAUGACUUCCUCGACAGCCUGGUGGCACGGCCCCGCAGGGCACUUCUAUAACGGCUUGGUAGAUGAUCCUUCUGAAACACCUGAGGCCGAUCAGAUGUUCGAGAUAGCAGUGCACAAUGUCGUCCCUGCUGCAACAGUCAAAGAGAAGAGAUUCAGUUGGGGCAUCCCUGCUACUAAUGAAAGAGUUGAAUCACAUUUCACAGAAUACGAUCCAAGGGUACGAGAGGCACUCUCCAGGGUUCCAGAAGGACUAUGGAAAGAGUUCUCAGCUUUUGCAGGUCAAAGAUUGGAGAAAGUUACGGCUUGGGACAAAGUUGUACUCAUCGGUGAUGCGAGUCAUCCACUGACCGGGGCAUUUGGAUCAGGCGCAGCUUUUGCUAUGCAAGAUAGCUGGAUUCUUGCUCAAGCCAUUGCGCACACCCGCUCGUCCUGUCAGCCCCUUGCCUCUGCGCUUGCCAUCUUUGACUCGAUUCGAUCUCCCUAUUACCAUAGGAUGUAUGAGCAUCUCGAUAAACAAAUGAAGACCUUCCAGGAUGCAAAAGUUAAGAAUCCAGAGCAGACUUUCGAAGAAAGUUUAGAGGUGAAGAUUAAAGGGCUUGGUGGGAUCGAUACCCUUUCUUGGAUUUAUCAAAACGAUAUCCAGAUGGUGUGGGAGGAUUUUCUAAGUGCAGAGGAGAGUGCUGGAAUUCGCAAUGAAUGAGAAAUUACAGGCUGCUCAAGGGAAGAAACCAAGAGUGAUCGAGUAUCUUGUCUGGCUUUUAGGAACCGCACUUCUGUGAAAGCCUCAAAGCAACCAGUUUACACUAAAUUCAAAC